CUCCGGCCUCGACUAAGGAGCUGCUGCUGCUGCUGUCUCUCCCCUCAACCUCCCUCCCCGUUUCUUCGGUCUUUCGGUUCUCUCGUGCGCUUGCUCCCGCAGCCCCCCCUUCACCAUGGCGUCCGAAUUCGUUGAUCCCAGGAUGACCAACAUCAAGCCUCGCAUCCGUUACAACACUAUCGGAGGUAUCAACGGCCCACUGGUCGUUCUGGAUAACGUCAAAUUCCCCCGUUACAAUGAGAUCGUGUCCCUCACUCUCCCCGACGGGACCGAGCGCUCGGGUCAGGUCCUGGAAGCUAGAGGGAACAGAGCGGUCGUUCAGGUCUUCGAAGGUACUUCCGGUAUCGAUGUCAAAAAGACGAAAGUCGAGUUCACCGGCCACAGCUUGAAGUUGGGUGUGUCCGAGGACAUGCUGGGUCGUGUCUUCGAUGGAUCCGGUCGCGCUAUUGACAAGGGCCCCAAGGUCCUGGCGGAGGAUUACUUGGAUAUUAACGGUCAACCCAUCAACCCCUACUCUCGUGUGUACCCCGAGGAGAUGAUCUCCACUGGUAUCUCUGCCAUCGAUACGAUGAACUCCAUUGCUCGUGGACAGAAGAUUCCCAUCUUCUCCGCUGCCGGUCUCCCCCACAAUGAGAUUGCCGCCCAGAUCUGUCGUCAGGCCGGUUUGGUGAAGCGCCCCACGAAGGAUGUCCACGACGGACACGAGGAAAACUUCUCCAUCGUUUUCGCUGCCAUGGGUGUGAACAUGGAAACGGCCCGUUUCUUCACUCGCGACUUCGAGGAGAACGGCAGUAUGGAGCGUGUCACGCUGUUCUUGAACUUGGCCAACGACCCUACGAUCGAGCGUAUCAUUACCCCCCGUCUUGCCCUGACCACCGCUGAGUACUACGCCUACCAGCUGGAGAAGCACGUCCUGGUUAUCAUGACCGAUCUGUCAGCCUACUGUGAUGCUCUUCGAGAGGUGUCUGCUGCACGAGAAGAAGUCCCGGGUCGUCGUGGUUACCCCGGUUACAUGUACACUGACUUGUCGACCAUUUACGAGCGUGCUGGACGAGUUGAAGGCCGUAACGGAUCUAUCACUCAGAUUCCCAUCCUGACCAUGCCUAAUGAUGAUAUCACUCACCCCAUCCCCGAUUUGACGGGCUACAUUACGGAGGGACAGAUCUUCGUCGACCGUCAGCUGUACAACAAGGGUGUCUACCCUCCCAUCAACGUACUUCCUUCCCUGUCUCGUCUGAUGAAGUCUGCUAUCGGUACCGGCCGUACUCGUAAGGAUCACUCGGAAGUGUCCAACCAGCUGUACGCCAAGUACGCUAUUGGACGAGAUGCUGCUGCCAUGAAGGCCGUCGUCGGUGAGGAGGCCCUGUCCUCGGAGGACAAGCUCUCCCUCGAGUUCCUCGACAAGUUCGAACGCACCUUCAUCAACCAAUCGCCCUACGAAUCGCGCACUAUCUUCGAGUCGCUCGACAUCGCCUGGAACCUGCUCCGUAUCUACCCCAAGGACCUGCUGAACCGUAUCCCCAAGCGCGUCCUGGACGAAUUCUACGCCCGCUCCGCCCGCAAGAUCGCCAACAAGGACACCCGGGACAACACCGUUGACCCAAGCCAGUCGGAGACGGCUGAUCUGAUCGAGACGUAAACCGGCCUUUGUCUUUAAUGGGUUUACUAUACAUGUUCAUACCGCGAGUUUGAAAGCCAAGCCAAGCUGUCUUUUCUCUUCUUUCCAACUUGCCCGUCCAUCCGUCCGUGUUUGCCCGCUUCUCUUUUGCGCGCCGAGGUCACCCCACCUCACCACCUUGGUUUCCUCUACUACGAUCCUGCAUAUACUCUUUUUUUUUCUCGUAGUUGUAUAUCAUAUAACUCAUGGAUUAUUUGAUAAAUUUUCGA